AUGGAUCCGAUUUCGCAUUAUCAAACACCAAAACGCCGGCUUUUCGAGUACAUCCUGGACCACAAUGAGUCUUGCUGGCAGCAGCAUCCUGAUCACGAGCAAAUCGAGAAAGCUGUGGUCUCUGAGUACAAGCAACUCGAGCCCAAAAUGAGCCCACCACACACGAAACUCGCCCAGUAUGUGUUUGUGGGCAUGUUCGCUUCGUACGCCUACUGCUAUGGGCGCACAGAGCAGGUCAUGGACGUCGCCAAGUACUUGAUACCCCAUACGUAUAUCGACGACUGCAUUGAUAGUACGUUGGACCCGGCCACGGCCGAGGCAGCUUGCGCGGGUCUUGGCAAUGUGUUUGGGGAGAGUCAACAAGUCGGCCCCGAAGCAGGCGUCGACCCCGAGCACUUUAGACGAGUUGCGAAGCUCUUUCGGCGCGACAAGUGGGACGAGGACGCCUACGAAAUAAUCAAGUCAUUCUUUUCCAAGUACCUUGACGCCACGACGAGCCUGCGAGCGUACGAAUGCCGGGACAGAAUCCCGACCAUGGAUCAGUACGUCGGCCUCCGGCCGCAUAAUGUGUAUAUGCCAGCCAUUCACUUUAUCAACGUGUACACGGGAUUCAAGGGGAAGAAACUGCAUGUCAGUUCCUUCCGCAAUCGGCGUGUCCUGGCUACCGUGAUGCUGAGCUCGUUCAACGUUGCGCUGUUGUUGGAUGUCAUUCUCCAUGCCGGCCUGGAGAGGCCCGACGAGACCAAGGUCGCCAACUUGAUCGCCGUGGUCAAGGCAGGCCAAGGUCUUGAUGACAUGCAGGCCGCGGAGAAGAUUGGCCGAAUGUUUUUCGAGAAUGAGACACUCAUCGAGCGCAGCGCUGCUGAACUGCAGCCGCACUGGCCGGUGGAAGCCGAGGCCAUCAUGCACACGCACAAGUCCACGCUCUUCUGGGUGUGCCGGGCGGAGAGCAGGUACAUGAAGGGGUCGAGAAGGCCAGUUUGA